UCUCAGUAACCAAACAUACUCUGAUCGCGUCACUAGUCCAAAUUUUUUUUUACAAUAGUGGCUUUAGUUAUAAUACAUUGAAAUUUAACAAGAUUGUGCUCGUGGACCGUGAAACAUUGUUAAAAUUUAAAAAAACAAACUUAACGAAAUUUAUUUCGUACUCUCAUUAUUUGUGAAUAAAGUUGAAAAUGGGUUGUAAAUUGUCUCAGCUAGCAUCUUCCGAAUUUUCCCACGAUCCCUUCGAGAAACCUCCUCCUCCAUCCGAUCCACGGUCACCUCUCACUGCCAAGCAGCAGUACUGCAUGCUGGCCUCUUGGAAGGGAGUGUUCCGACAGGUCGAGAAAACUGGCAUUCUCUUGUUUGUUAAAUUGUUCGAAGAGAAUGAAGAGCUUCUACAUCUAUUUGAAAAGUUCCGAGAGCUGCGCACCAAAGAAGCUAUAGUCAGUUCUGCGGAACUGGCCGAGCACGCUACACAGGUGAUGCACACACUAGACGAGGGCAUCAAGGGGCUGGCGGAUAUGGACUCAUUCUUCACUUACGUCAGACACGUGGGUGGCACGCAUCGCCAGGUGCCCGGGUUUAAAGCAGAAAACUUUAUGAAAAUCGAGCAACCCUUCCUUGAAGCAGCCAAGACAACCUUGGGAGAGAGAUAUACCCCGAAUAUUGAAAAUAUAUACAAGUUAACAAUACGAUUCAUAUUAGAGAAUCUGGUCAAAGGUUACGAGGAGGCAGGGGAGGAAAACGGAACGACACAAACCUGAAUUACAUUAGCCACUAUUAGUUUUUACUUCUUCAGUUAAUUUACAAUUUGGAAUUAAAACGUCACCGAAGUAGAUGAUGCUUGUUAUGAAAAAAUAUAUUGUUACAUAAAUAGGAAAUUUUAACAAAACAAACUGCCCUCGAUAAUUAAUAUUUCGCUCAAACAAAGUGCCAUUAAUUUUAUUUCAGUUCAGAUAUGACUCCAUAAGUUUUCUGAAAGUAUUUUUAACCUAAGCCAGCAUGUUUUCUCUGAAUGCCAAAUGUAGAUAAAACAAAUACGGUCAAAUUUGAUCUUUUAAUAGAAUGGUAACUAUGAAUCGUAUUGAGAUAUUGAAGUUACUCAAGUGAAACGUAGUUAAAAAUCGUCCUUAGCACCAUUUGACUUGUACGAAGUUUCAAUUCAGUUUUCUACCUUCUAGAAAGUUUAUCACGAAGGGCAUAAUAAUCUUCCAUCUUCGAUUUAAAAAAAAGAACAACAUUUUAAAGAUUACUUCAUGAAAAAUUUGUAAGAAGCAAACUUUUUUAAAAUAUUUUAUGUUUUCUUUUUUAACAGAAUUAUACAAAAACCAAACAUGUUAUUUCUUACAAUACGGAAAAUAUAUAUUUCGAUGAUUUA